CUGAUUUGAAUUAAAAUACGACCCUGGCAGAGGGCGGAACAGAGCUGCGGACAGAGAAAACAAACAUUCAAGGAAAACAUGGCCGCGUCAGCCAUGUCGUACGGAGUGCACAGCCCAGACAAACGACACAGCACAACUCACAACAUAUAUACCCUUUUGGUCGAACGCAGCUGCUGCUGCUUUCGUGCUUUGUCAGUUUAGGUAGUCUCUGAGAAGCGUUGAGACGGUCGAAAUGUGAUAGUGUGAUACGCAGAGAUGUUUCGUAUUUGUUGUUCACAACGUGAAUCAUUUCAAAAUAUAGACACUAAUACUAUACAAAUUUGAAUCUUUCCAAGAUGUGUAAACAAAAGACUAGACAAGUCUAAUAUGAAUCGAAAUUUAUUUUUUAUUUUUCUGACGUUCACUCCGCUAAGUUGGGCUUAUUUAAACUUAUACCUGAGUUUAGCUGAAGUACAAAAACUUUUAGGCUUAGAAGCAGAACUAUAUUAUGUGCGAGAUGGGAACAUAAACAAUUACGCUCUAAAUUUCGUAGUACCGGUUCCCGCCAAGAUGAAUUCGCUACAGUUCACCUGGCAAAGCCUAGCAGACCAACCUCUUGUAUACUCAAUAGACAUAGACUCAUCUAAUUCACCAACAUUGCUGCCCCCAAAACUGAAUAUUACCUCAACUGGUUCGGUACCAACUCAUCUUCAAACAUUCAGUGUAACCUUGUCAUGUUCUGGCACAGCAGCAGGAGAAGUUAAUGUUACCAUCACCCUCAAUAUAACUAUCUCUCACACUAACGUAACAACUCUUACCUUUCGUCGCAAAAAAAUCUGUACUAAAGUCGAAAUGCACUCAAACAACCACGUUUUCAUAGACACUCUACCCACGGAUUCGAACUCUGCGAAUAUUUUCUAUAUCGCUAUUGCUUCAGCUGUGGUUCUUGUCGUUGUUCUUUCCACCGUCGUGACAAUGUAUUACAUGAAAAAUAAAAAGACUGGGGGAAGUACCGAGUGCAAUAGUGGUCCCACGACGACAUUUUUAACAGCGAUUCCGAGGGACACAGUUAUUACUUCUUAUGGUAGUUUUCGAAGAAUGCCGAGCUACUCACUAACAACCGACGAGCGGUCAAAGAAUUUGCAAAAAAGAAUAUCAGAACUUACAGUACAGAGGUGCCGGAUUUGCCUAAGCAGUGUCAUUUUGGAAGGAACCUUCGCAAGGGUCUACCAAGGUUCAUAUACCAACGAAGAAGGAAUUGACGAGCCCGUUAUUAUAAAGACUGUAACAGACCAUGCCAGUCAAAUUCAGAUAUCUCUGUUACUCCAGGAAGGAAUGUCCAUGUACUCGUUGAAUCAUAAAAAUAUUCUUAGCGUUUUACGCGUGUCCAUAGAAGAUCACACAGCUCCUUUUCUUCUCUAUCCAUAUCACAAUUACAGCAACUUGAAGAUCUUUCUUCAGAAAUGCAAGUUAUCAGCGGAAGGAGUUUCUCAUACAUUGACCACUCAGGAAGUAGUUGAUAUGGCGCUCCAAGUAAUUCAAGCGAUGCAAUACUUACACAAAAAACACCUUCUUCAUAAAGAUCUAGCAGCAAGAAAUUGUGUAGUCGAUGCUAAGCUCAAAGUUCAAGUGGCUGAUAACGCUCUAUCGAGAGAUCUGUUCCCUUCGGACUACCACUGCUUAGGAGACAACGAAAAUCGUCCUAUUAAAUGGUUAGCCAUCGAAAGUUUGAUACAAAAGACGUUUUCUACGAGUUCGGAUGUUUGGUCGUUCGGGGUACUGCUGUGGGAACUUACCACUCUUGCUCAACAACCGUACAUAGAGGUAGAUCCGUUCGAAAUGGCAGCGUACCUGAAGGAUGGGUAUCGACUGGCUCAACCAAUAAACUGUCCUGAUGAACUGUUUGCUGUGAUGGCAUACUGUUGGGCCAUGAGUGCCGAAGAGAGGCCAACAUUUACUCAGUUACAAAUAUGUUUACAAGAUUUUUACACACAAUUAACUAGAUAUGUAUAAGUAUUUUGUCAAUGGAAGACUUACACCCGGCUGGGUUGAUAUAUGCCAAACCGGGCCUAGUUGUUACGGGUCCUAUAAUUUUAUGUACUUUUAUGUAAAUUUAUAUUAAAAAAAAAUAUAUAUAUAU